AUGGUAGACAGAGGAAAACUGAUUUCGUUAGUGCGCGAUAAAGCGACAUUAUGGGACCAAAGGGAUAAGUUUUAUCACAAUCGGGACUUCCGAUCAAAGUUAUGGGAAGAAGUAGCCAAGGAACUGAAUGUCCAAGGAGACGAAGCACGGAAGACGUGGGAGCACUUGAGAGAUACGUUCAGGAAGAAAGUAAAAGAAAACAAAUCUGGUUCCGGAGCAAAACCAACAUGGACCUACUUUGAAUCUUUAACUUUCUUAUUGCCUGUAAUGAAGCCACGAGUGACAACUGGAAAUCUCCCUGUCUCUGAUACGCCUGUCAACACUCUUCUAGAAUCUGAGGAUUAUGCCGAUUUAACAGAACAUGAUGAGACGUCUACUCUAAAUAUCGACGAACCUGAUGAGUCACCAAAUGUAGAACGAGCUCAACGAUCCGAUAACACGUCCACACCUAGUCCUACUCCAGUGAACAACGAGUUUCAGCGUCCUCGGCAAAAGAGAAAGCGAGGAUCGACAAUACAAAACGAGGCUCUUAAUUUGGAAAAAAGGAAAGUCCAGCUACUGGAAGCUCGGUUUGCUGUCCAAAAAUCCAGCUCAAUGGAGGAAGAGGAUGAAGACUUAUCGUUUUUUAAAAGUUUGCUGCCUGCACUGAAGAAGCUACCAUACCUUCGAAAAAUGAAAUUGAAAGCUUCAAUCUUCAAUAGCGUCAUCGCUGAGCUCGAAGCAGAAGAAAGAUGCAACAGGCCAUACCAAUCCGUAAAAUACUCCUCUUUCUAG